CCUCAACAUCUCGUUUACCCAAUUGUGUUGUCCCUCCUGCUAUUGACUGUGGCCGACAGGUAGCGCUGCUUCACCGACAGCGCCAAGCUCCAGGAAAAAAAAGUUUGUUCUGCGUUGUUUUUACGCAGGCGCAGGGCAUGCUGUUUGUCCAGUUCCUCUGGUUGAUUUACCUGUGAGGUGGACUAGUUUCGGUUUACCGAAUGAAGAUUAAACUAUACGGACAUUAAACUCUUAUCUGAAGACCGCAACCUCCUUCCCCCAUAUCUGAGCCUGUAGGGACUCCCGCAGCCGGGCGCGAGAGCUGCUGGAGAUUUCUCCAGUAUUUCAGAAUCUCAAUCUGUGCAACAGCAGGUGCGAGCAGGGACGAAAGGGGUUGUGCUUCCGUGAGUGAGUUUACUAUUGAGAUCGAAUAAAUUAUUGUAAAAUUCAACUGGUGGGUUUGAUAUUGUUGAGUAGUCUGAUCUGACAGUCUGGUCCUGUUCAAUAAUGCGGCUGGUGAUUCACACAGCUACCGACCUUCAGUUUCAGCAUUCAGCGGGAGCCUGACGUCUCCGUGUCCGCCGUGAGUUACUCUCCCCGGUGUGGUGGCAGUGGGACGGGCACACAUUAUUUUACGGUAUAACCUUCUGUGGACAGCGAAGGGCGCUCGCGCUGUGUAGCCUAUAGAAUAAACAAUUUGAAAGAUGAUGGGCUUUCUACGCCGGACAUUCAGCCGCCACUCGCGCAGACGAUUCCAGACUGUGGAUGAACAGGACGGGAAAGGGGGAGGAAUAGGGGGAACAGGGAACUCCGCGCUCCUCGCGCACCAGCAGCAGGUCGUCCACGCGCCUGCCGUGGUAACCGGGGGAGCGAUCGUUCACAUCCCGGCUGCAGGAUCCGCCAGGGAUGCUAUCACCUGCCGCGUGCUUCUGCUUGACGGGUCUGACGUUAACGUGGAUCUACCGAAACACUCCAAAGGCCAGGAGCUGUUUGACCAGAUCAUGUAUCAUUUGGACCUGGUGGAGGCAGAUUACUUUGGACUUCAGUUUAUGGACCCAGAACAAGUCUCACACUGGCUGGAUGUGUCCAAGCCCAUAAAGAAACAGAUCAGAGACGGUCCCCCUUACAGGCUGUUCUUCAGGGUGAAGUUCUACUCCUCAGAACCUAAUAAUCUGCAUGAGGAGUUCACCAGGUACUUGUUUGUGCUGCAGCUUCGACAAGACCUUCUGUCUGGCAAGUUGAAGUGUCCGUAUGAUGUAGCAGUGGAGCUGGGGGCCUAUUGCCUACAGAGUGAGUUGGGUGACUGCGACCCUCUAGAACAUUCUCCUGAGCUGGUGUCAGAGUUCCGUUUUACGCCCAAACAGACCGAGACCAUGGAGGGAGACAUCUUCAACAAGUGGGUGGACUUAAGGGGUAAGGAUCCAGCCCAGGCAGAGAUCAGCUUCCUCAACAAGUGUAAAUGGCUGGAGCUGUACGGUGUGGAUAUGCACUUUGUCAAGGGCCGGGACGGAGGAGAGUAUGCUCUGGGCCUCACUCCUACAGGCAUCCUGGUGUUUGAAGGUUCCACCAAAAUAGGACUUUUCUUCUGGCCCAAGAUCACCCGCCUGGACUUCAAGAAGAGCCGACUCACUCUGGUGGUGGUAGAGGACGAUGAUAAGGGACGGGAGCAGGAGCACACCUUUGUGUUCCAAUUGGACAGUUCGAAGACGUGUAAACACCUGUGGAAGUGUGCCGUGGAGAGCCACGCAUUCUUUCGGCUGCGCCAGCCCACCGCUGGAAAGGCCUCCCGCAGUGACUUCACACGCCUGGGAUCCCGCUUCAGGUUCAGUGGAAAGACAGAGUACCAGACAACUCACGGAGGGAGGCUGAGGAGAGCCAGUACAUUUGAGAGACGACCCAGCAAGAGAUACCCCUCCCGCACUCACUCAAUGGGGGGCAAGGGCUUCUCUCCGGCCAAACCACCACACCUCAGAGUCUCUGAGAGCUCAGGACAGCCAAGCAUCGCCCACACCAGCCCAUCACUACACCCGUACCAGCAUAACAUCCCCAUAGGCCAUGAGCCCUGGCACCCCGCACCCCCUGCCCUCACACCACCCUAUCUACAACAUCCAGGACACCCUUCCCUGCACAGUUUCCCUCUGCCUGGUCCUGUCCUCGGAGGGGAGCAGCAGUUCAGUGUGGAGGAGAAUGAGACGCCGUACCCUGGGAGCAUCCACCAUCGCCACUACAGACAUGCACAUUACCAGGACAGCCAGGAGACUUACUGUCACACACACAGUAAAAACAAACACAGAGCCCCACCUUGUCCUGUAGAUGAGUUGGAGCUCUGUCUGCUCAAUACCCUGGAAACAGACAGCGACUCCUCCACCUGGCCUUCACUGCACGUCAACAUGGACAACAAGGCGGAGGAGAAGCAGUUGUCUGAGAAGUCCCUGCGGCCCUCCUCUCCCCGCAGCCCUCCGGAUCACCUCAAGUGUAACAUCCUCAAAGCUCAGAUGGAGGCUGUCUUCAGAGACGCCCCAAUGACACCCAGAGGGAAGACCUCUAGUCAGGAGAUCAACGACAGGUACCACAGUUCCAGUCAGGACUCUCGAGACUCUGCCAUGUCCAGUCUGACCACAGAGAAAUCAUUGCUGCUUCCUGAACACAAUUCUACCACAGAUAGACCCGCCAGGUUUAAUCCUAAUGGCAACCCCAACCGCAGGAAAAGACUGGUCAGGCAGUUCAGCUUUAACCAUGAGGAUGAGGACAAUCUCCCAGAGGCCCUUGCAGCAAUCUCAUCCGAAAGCACUGGGAAGUCUGGAUCUAACAACUCAUUGGACAACCAGACACAGCCAUCCAUAUACCCCCAGAUGGACAUGCCAAGGCUGGAGCUGGGGAGUCCAUGCUGUGAUCGUUCUCCCUCCCCGUCUUCACACCCCUCCCCUUCCUAUUUCCCCCCCCCCAUCCCACACCUGGUACCCUACCUCGCCUCACAAACCGACAGCGGGGAGGAGAUGAGGUUGGACAGAGAGAAGAUUCUCAGGGCUCUACUAAUGACGGAGCUCUGAGUCCCUCACACUUGUGACACCAACCGUCGCCAUGCAACAGGAGUUCCAGCUCCGCCUCCACUGACUGCAUUUCUACCUUUACGGAAUGCAGCCUACCUUUCUACAUCUAUAUUUGCAUAAAAGGAUUUUGCUUAAGUGUUAUUUUACAAGGAAUGUUUUACCCUGUAAUAACAGACACAGGCUUAAAGUGAUUGUUCAGCCAUUCAGCGAGAUAGCAGGCAGUCAACAAGGAACAGGCAGUCAUUUCUGUAAUAGUGCUGGGAAUCUUGCACAAUCAAAGCCCCAACAGUUCCAACAAUAACACAGGAAGUAAUAUAUCUAAGCUUAUUGUGUUGUAGUGUGAACCCGCUGUUUUAUUUUACCUCCUUUGUCACCCUUCCCCAAUUUCAUCAUCUCCCAUUUUAUCUGUGGCCCUGCCCCCGCUGCAACAACUCCCAAAGGCUUUGGGAGAGUUGAAAAUCAAAACAAGCUUUCGUUAUAAGCGCCACCGCCAAGCCAUUUUCCAUUACUGCUCCUCCAAUCAGGGAGAGUGACUGGGAGUCACUUGAGUGCAGUGGGAUCAGGAAGUCCCCUCCUGAUGGUGCCUCUCCACCUAAUGCUGGCCAACUUGCAUCACCCAUGGGGCUUCCCAGCCACCCGUCAGCAAGCCGAAACCAGGGUUUUCCAAAUGCUACAUGCUGAUUAUGAGCCUGCAGUUACAGUCAUGUCCUGUAGAUGGCGACACACCCAUACACACCGCAGCUUGAACCAGAUGUACCCCAGUACACUAGCAAAGGCAGGUCUUCAUACAUCCUAUGGUCAAUCCAAGUCAGAAUGUAGUGAAUGAUCUGAUCCUGGGUCCUAUGGUUCAGGGAAACUGGAAAGUUUGGUUCCGGUUAUGGUCGCUCUGCCAUCUCUUUGUUGUUUCAGUAUCUGUUUCUAUGUUUUAUGCCGCUGUGUUUAACCCUAAUAAAGAUGAAAUGGUUACUUAAACCAA